UGGUAGAAACCCUAGACCACUCCAAAACCCUGAUCCCUCAGACUACUCUGCUUCUCUCUCAAUUCAUCAAUGGCGUCAUCCAACGGCGGGAGAUUCCGGGAGCUCCUGAAGAAGUACGGAAAAGUCGCACUCGGCGUCCACUUCUCCGUGUCCGCCGCCUCAAUCAGUGGCCUCUACAUCGCCAUCAAGAACAACGUCGACGUCGAAUCGCUCCUCCACAAGGUGGGGAUGAGUGGCGUCUCCACCAAAGAUGAGCAGCAGCAGCAGCAGCUCCACCCUCCACCGACGGAGACAUUAGAUGAGUUUGUUAUAGAAGAAAGACCCAGCUCGGAAAAUCAACAGCCCACGCUGCAGAAGAGGAACCGGACUGCGGAAUUGGCCGCCACCAGCGGCGGAGCCCUAGCCUUGGCCGUUCUCUGCAAUAAAGCUCUGUUUCCAAUUAGGGUCCCGAUCACAAUUGCUCUAACGCCCCCGGUUGCAAGGUUCUUGGCGAGGCGUCGGAUUAUCAAGAACAAUGGGAGAGGAUGACGAGUUUGUGAGAUGUGAAUCAUGUGAUUGGGCAGUGCUCAAAGGCCUAGUACCCACAAGAUUUUGGUUGGGAAUUUUAGCAAUAAUUUGACACUCACAUUAUCUUGUUUUGUAGUUUUGAAUUUGCUUUUAUAUCAUGGGUUAAUGUAAAGAACCUCCAAAUAAAUUUAUAGUUUCUAUAUCUUGUAGUACUUUCAAUAAAGAAGUAGAGUUGGUUUUGCGCC